AUGAAGGCCACAAUCUGGAGCCUUGGCUUGGCCACUAUGACGGCAUGGUCAUUAGCUCACCCUCUUGUCAUUGACAAGGCGACCUUUGAGCGGCAUGGCGGCGAUGUCAAGAACGUGGCGACUAGUAUCAAGACACACAACGAAGAAUUACGUGCAUCUAGCUACGAAACACCUUGGCUUGUUGUUGGCCGUAUGGGUGGCUGCACCGCAACAUGGCUUGGUGAGAAAGACGGUUGGAGUUUUGUGCUUACUGCGGCACAUUGCGUCAAUUAUCGAGGCACUGAAACGGCCACAAGUAAGACCUUUGCCGCACCUGGAGGGCGAGUCAUCGCAUCAGGCAAAGGUACUGUGUAUGUACCACCGCAACGGGUCAAAAAGCCAAAGGGUAUGGGCGGCGCAUCUACCGAUAUUGCAAUCCUCAAGUUGCCCGCACGCAACCCGGUGGUCGAUGAGGCUGGCAGGCCGGUAGAUCGGCCAAUCCUAAACGAUGCACUAGACGAGGAAGGUAAAGAUGUCAUCUUUGUUGGUUACGGAAGCUGGGGCGUUGGCUUGGAUGGCAGCGGCGCGUACAAACCAUCGCGCGGCGAGCGGCGGCUCCGUAUCGACAGCAUUUUCGAACUUGAACAUGGAAUCGGUGCGAGUUAUAAACCCGCAGGGCCAUCACCAUUCUGGGCGCGAACGGCCCCAGGCGACAGUGGUUCUGCUUGGUGGCAGAUCCGCGAUGGCAAGCCAGUCAUUAUCGCGACAACCAAUGGUGGCCACGCAACCAAAUCGACUGGCGCGCGUGUGUCAAAAUACGCUGACUGGAUCAAGUCUAUCUACCCGGAGGCGCGAUUUUUGUCCGCCGAGAAGCCCCAAGGAUGCAUUGUUAGCUUGCAGACAAGCGCGCGGUAUUGCUUGUCUGCCGGCAACACGUCUGGGUAUUCUCUGCCUCGGUGGAUAUACGAGCAUGAGGUCUACGUGGAUGCUGCGCCAGGUACGGCAGUGCAGCUAUCAGACUUUGACAAUCUUUCGUAUAAGAGGAUCGCAACUUUUGUCGGGACGGUCGAGAACAACAGGCUCAAGUCAGCCAAGGCAGCCAGCGGGAAGUACCUCAACUUCUCGCGGCCACACUCGAUGCGCGUGGUGAAGAAUACAACCCCGGUCGGUUGCAUCACCAGCCUGAUAACUAGCGCAAGGUAUUGUUUGCCUCCGGAGCAGCAGUCGAGUGACUCACUGCCUCCCUGGAUCUACGCGCAUGAUGUCCAGGUUGAAGCCGCGCCAGGAACCGCAGUCAUACUAUCGGACUCUAAUAAUCUCUCGCAUAAACGCCUCGCAACGUUUACCGGAUUUAUUCAGAACUGGGAGUUGACCAAGGUAAGAGCCCUGAAUGGGGAAGAUGUGGACUUUUCGCGGCCAAAGUCCAUGCGGGUCAUCCGGCAAUAA